GCCUUCGUGUUUUAGUAUGCAAAUGUCCGGUGGGUGGUAGAAGCCUCGUCCAACGAGUUAUUUAGGUUCUUUUCGAGCUUUUCUUGGUGUGCAAGCCAUGUCUCUUCUUCUCCGUGGUCUGAGGUGGAGUUUUGGUCGCUCACCUCACCACAGACAAGCAUGCAAGAGGUCCUACCAUUUGGAUACUGCACCAAUAAUUGGGACAGAGCCAGAUCGAAAUAGCCCACAGUUCCUGGAGAACCACGAGCGCAUGUCCGCACUGGUCGGCGAGCUUUCAUCGCACGUGGACCGUAUCGUGGCCGGCGGCGGAGAGAAGGCGAUACAGCGGCAUACAUCAAAAGGUAAACUGUUGGUGCGCGAGCGCAUCUCUCGCCUGCUGGACCCGGGCUCGCCGUUCCUGGAGCUGUCGCAGCUGGCCGGCCACCAGCUGUACGGCAAGGAGGAGGUGCCGGCCGGGGGCAUCGUCACUGGCGUGGGCCGCAUCAGCGGCGUGGAGUGCAUGAUCGUCGCCAACGACGCGACAGUGAAGGGUGGCUCCUACUACCCGAUCACGGUCAAGAAGCACCUGCGCGCCCAGGAGGUGGCCAUGGAGAACCACCUGCCAUGUGUGUACCUGGUGGACUCUGGCGGCGCCAACCUGCCGCGCCAGGCAGACGUCUUCCCCGACCGAGAGCACUUCGGCAAGAUCUUCUACAAUCAGGCCAACCUGUCGGCCAAGAACAUUCCGCAGAUAGCCGUGGUGAUGGGGAGCUGUACAGCCGGCGGCGCCUACAUCCCGGCGAUGGCCGACGAGUCGGUGAUCGUGCGGCGCCAGGGCACCAUCUUCCUGGCCGGGCCGCCGCUGGUGCGCGCCGCCACCGGCGAGGCCAUCUCGGCCGAGGACCUGGGCGGCGCCGACCUACACUGCAGUACUUCGGGCGUAACGGACCACUACGCCGUGGACGACCUGCACGCGCUGCACCUGGUGCGCCGCUCUGUGCGCAACCUCAACCGGCAGAAGACGCCGCCGGUCACGCUGCUGGAGCCGGAGGAGCCGCGCCUGCCCGCCAGCGACCUCUACGGCAUCGUCGGCGACAACUUGAUGAAGACGUUUGACGUCCGUGAGGUGAUCAGCCGUAUCGUGGACGGCUCGCAGUUCGACGAGUUUAAAGCGCGCUACGGCGACACGCUGGUGUGCGGCUUCGCCCGACUCUACGGCUACCCGGUCGGCAUCGUCGGCAACAACGGCGUGCUUUUCUCCGAGUCGGCACUCAAGGGCACCCACUUCAUCGAGCUGUGCUGCCAGCGCAAGAUUCCGCUCAUUUUCCUGCAGAACAUCACAGGUUUCAUGGUGGGUCGCGAGGCGGAGGCCGGCGGCAUUGCCAAGAACGGCGCCAAGAUGGUGACAGCCGUGGCGUGCGCCCAGGUGCCCAAGCUGACGCUGAUCGUGGGCGGCUCGUACGGCGCCGGCAACUACGGCAUGUGCGGCCGUGCCUACGGACCUCGCUUCCUCUACAUGUGGCCAAACGCACGCAUCUCGGUGAUGGGCGGCGAGCAGGCGGCCGGCGUGCUGGCGCAGAUCACCCGCGACCAGCGCGCGCGCGAGGGCCGCCCCUGGACCGACGAGGAGGAGGCGGCGCUCAAGGCGCCGAUCGUGGCGCGGUUCGAGGCGGAGGGCUCGCCGUACUUCUCGUCGGCGCGCCUCUGGGACGACGGCGUGAUCGACCCGGCGGACAGCCGCCGCGUGCUCGGCCUCUCGCUGUCGGCGGCGCUGAACGCGCCCAUCCCGGACGCCAAGUUCGGCGUGUUCCGCAUGUGAGCGGACGGUGCGCACGCGGCCGGCGGCGGAGCGCGGCUGGAAGGGCGGGCGCAGUCGGUGGCACGGGUCAGUGGGCGCCGUCGUGUGGCCCGUGUGAGUAGCGCUGGCGGGUGCGGGGGCCGCCGCGGGGCGAGCUCGCGGGUGUUGCUGUACUGCCCUGCGUGUAGCCUGUCCCAGCGCCGCCCUCGGCCCACCAGUGGCAGCGACUGAGAGUGAGGCCUCCUGCCCUUGAUCGAGUGGUCGGAGGGCUGUGGGCCUUGUGAUGACCUAGGAUGUCGCGUCCCCGGCGAGAUUGCUGGUGCGACUGCUCGGAGGCCCAUAGUCGACAGGAUGUGCAAUACGGUUGUGCCCGGUGGCACUUUGUACACGCGAUCGGUGUAGGUUAGAUGUGCUACUGGUGGCGUUGGUGGAAUAGCGUGUGUUGAUGCGUAGACCAAAGCCGUUUUUAUAGAUAUGUGGCGGCUGACGUGCCGAUUUCGUAUUGCGAUAGGUCUUCCUGCCUUGGUUUCUAACACGAAUGUGUAAAGGCAGGCGCCUUAUGUAUGUGGUGGCAUAGUACGGUGUGCUAUUGAACAAAUGGACGGCACGAUAUCGUAGUAUGUGUUUGCUGUAGUGGGGUGAAAGGCUGCCGGUUCACGCCGUGGUGCUCCAGGUGCUCACUCUUAGAUUAUGCUCUGUGAAUGCUGACUUCAACCUGAGACCGAAUAAAUGAAGC